AUGGUGUCCACUCUCUGUUCACCUCCACCCUUGCUCUGGUUCGUUCUCUUCGUCAUCUUCUUCUUCGCGUCCGGCGAUGGCGGUCCGGCAGCGGCAUUGGAGCUGGACACGCAGGCUGCCUACCUCGCCAAGAUGAAGGAGCAGUUCCCGGGGCCGGGCAUGUCGAGGUGGUGGGACUUCACGUCGCCAGCGCCGGACUACUGCAGCUUCCACGGCGUCGCCUGCGACCGGUCCGGCAACGUCACGGGCAUCGACGUCACGUCGUGGCGCCUCGUCGGCAGGCUCCCCCCGGGCGUCUGCGCGGCGCUCCCCGCGCUCCGGGAGCUCCGGAUGGCGUACAACGACGUCCGCGGCGGGUUUCCUCUCGGCGUGCUCAACUGCACCUCCCUGGAGGUGCUGAACCUCAGCUUCUCCGGCGUGUCGGGCGCCGUGCCCCCCGACCUGUCCCCACUGCGCGCGCUGCGGGUGCUGGACCUGUCCAACAACCUCUUCACCGGCGCGUUCCCGACGUCCAUCGCCAACGUCACCAGCCUGGAGGUGGUGAACCUCAACCAGAACCCCGGCUUCGACGUGUGGCGGCCGGCCGAGUCGCUGUUCGUGCCGCUGCGGCGCAUCCGCGUGCUCAUCCUCUCCACCACCUCCAUGCGCGGCGGCAUCCCCGCGUCGUUCGGCAACAUGACGUCGCUCACCGACCUGGAGCUCAGCGGCAACUACCUCACCGGCACCAUCCCCGUGUCGCUGGCGCGCCUCCCGAGGCUGCAGUUCCUGGAGCUCUACUACAACGAGCUGGAGGGCGGCGUCCCCGCCGAGCUCGGCAACCUCACGCAGCUCACCGACAUCGACCUCUCCGAGAACCGCCUCACGGGGAGUAUCCCCGAGUCGCUGUGCGCGCUGCGCAACCUGCGCGUGCUCCAAAUCUACACCAACCGCCUCACGGGCCCCAUCCCGGCCGUGCUCGGCAACUCCACGCAGCUGCGCAUCCUCUCCGUGUACCGCAACCAGCUCACCGGCGAGAUCCCCGCCAACCUCGGCCGGUCCUCGGACCUCAACGUGAUCGAG